ACGACGGUUGGAUAUUUCUUAGAUUAAAAUUUUUCACUUUUAUUUGUUUAUCUAAGAUAAGAACAAAAAUGAUAUUUUGUUUUAAAUCACUUCGUGAUGGUGAAUGUUUUUGUUCACGUUACGAUGAAAAUCGUCAGACAAUGUUUUAUUGUGGAUUUUUUACAACUAUUGCUGGUUUUAUUUGGUUUAUCAUUGGUUUCACUAUACGAUGUGCAUUUUUUGCCGAAGCAUUUGGACCAUCAGUCGAUGCUGUUGCUUGUGGUAUUAUGGUCGUCGGUUUGAUGAUUCUAGUGAUCGGUUUAUUCUCCACAAUCAGUAUUGUAUGUACAUCAAAAACAAAUAAUAAAACGAGUUGUGUAUCCUCAUCAACAACGAAUUUAUCCUCGAAUAAUUCUCAUCAUUACCAUCAACAUCAUGGAUCUAGAAAAUAUCGUAAUGAACGACAACAAACAUUUGAUGAUACAACAGCAAUAGCUACUGAAAUUUACGGUCAUUCAACACCUACUCAUUAUAGUCCACAAACGGCAUCAUUCAGUAGUGAUUCAACCAAUGAAUUGAAUACAUCAUAUGAAACAUCAACAACAACAGCAGCCAUAUCUCCAUCGACAUCCGUAUCAUCAGCGAAAAAUCCACAUGCACAACAUCAUAGCUUUAGACCUAAUAUCGCAAUGAUUGCAUAAAAAAAACAAGAAAAUAUGAUUAUUUUGGCACUACUCAUUAAAUUCAUCAAUU